AUGGCGUUGAUUGUCGACAAGCAUCGGCCACGGUCUCUGGACCAACUCUCGUAUCACACAGAGCUCUCUGAGCGGCUUAGAUCACUUGCCCAAAGUGGCGACUUUCCUCACCUCCUCGUGUACGGACCAUCCGGCGCUGGCAAGAAGACCCGCAUCGUCGCGACGCUCAAGGAGCUUUUCGGCCCCGGCGUGGAGAAGAUCAAGAUCGACGCGCGCGUGUUCCAGACGACGUCCAACCGCAAGCUCGAGUUCAACAUCGUCGCUUCCGUCUACCACCUCGAGAUCACGCCCAGCGAUGUGGGCAACUACGACCGUGUGGUGGUGCAGGACCUGCUCAAGGAGGUCGCGCAGACCCAGCAGGUCGACCAGGCCGCUAGGCAGCGUUUCAAGGUCGUCGUCAUCAACGAGGCCGACCACCUGACGCGCGACGCGCAGGCGGCCCUCAGACGGACGAUGGAGAAGUACAGCCCCAACCUGCGCCUGAUCCUGCUGGCCAACUCGACGGCCAACAUCAUCGCGCCCAUACGCUCGCGGACCCUGCUGGUGCGGGUUGCGGCCCCUACGCACGAGGAGAUAUGUGCGGUCCUGGCAUCGUCGGCUAAUAAGGAGGGCUGGCCUGUGGUCAAGGGUCUGCACCAGCGCAUAGCGGAGGAGAGUGGACGGAAUCUGCGCCGGGCUUUGCUGAUGUAUGAGGCGGUUCAUGCGCAAAAUGAGAAGGUCACCGAUUCGACGCAACUGCCACCCCCGGACUGGGAGGCUCUCAUCCACCAAAUUGCCAGAGAAAUCAUGGAGGAGCACACACCAGCCAGGGUGCUGGUGGUUCGGGCGAAGCUCUACGAUCUCCUCUCGCACUGCAUCCCGGCUACAACCAUCCUCAAGACUCUCACAUUCAAGCUCCUGCCCUUGAUCGACGAUGCCCUGAAAGCCGACGUCAUAAAAUGGUCAGCCUUCUACGAGCACCGGAUCAAGACAGGGACCAAGGUCAUAUUCCAUCUGGAAGCGUUCGUUGUGAAGUUCAUGCGGAUAUUAGAGAUGUACCUGAUGAGCAUGGACUUUUGA